GCCAAAGCUCCUCCCGCGACCGAAGCUGCCCAGCACCGCACGCCUCGUCUUCUUCUCAUUUCACCUCAAAAAACGUCGCCGAGUCAAUCACUCUGCCUUUUACACCGCGCAAUUGGCUGCAAUCUGUCCCCGUUCAUUGUGUGACCUUUUUCUGCGAAUCAAUUGGUUUUUCCAAUCCAGGAAUCAUCAUCGAUAUUAAACGAUUUCGACUGGCGCAAGCCAACGAUCCACGCCAUCCGAGCGCGCAAACGCCUCGCCCAUCAUCAGAUAUCAUCUAGAUUAGAUUUCUCCAUCAUGGCUCGAUUGGCUGAAUCUCCUGCGCCGCCUAAUGGCACUCAGUCGGUCAAGAAACCUCAGAGCACGAAGAACGGCGCAUUCAACACCUUCCUGUCAUCACCGGGCAAGCCCUCUGGCUCACAAUCACCGCACCCGAACAAGCGCAUCAAGAGCCUCGCGCCCACUGGAACUCCCCGUUCGGAUGCUUCGCGAUCCCGUUCGCCGCCUUCGCAAAACCCCUCUCCGCGCUUUCCCGUGAGCCCUUCGCCGCGCAAGGCUCUGAGCGAUACCGCCGACGACGUGGAUGCUGCCGACCGUAGCACACCUGCCGAUACCGUUACUGCCGCUGUUCCCGCCGAGAACGAUACCUCAGAGCCGACCUCGUCCACUGCCCCAGUUACUGCCAUGGAGGCUACCCCUGAUGCUGAAGCCUCCGGGUCUACACCGGAACCCAGUGCACCCCGGGCUGGCGUUGUGUCCUCUGUUCGCAAGACAUUUUCCAACGUGGUCAACAAUAUAACUGGACAGCGCACUGGUACUACAACUGUCACAACAACUUUUGAACAGACCAUCGUGAGCCGCAAGCGCAGUAGAGAGCCGAAUGUAGAGGAAAGCCCUGCUCCUGCUGAUAAGGAGGCCGAUCAAGAGAUUGAGGCUGCGAAUGGCACUGAAGGCAACACCACUAUCCAGCUCGGAAACCAGUUUGAAGCCGAAGUAGAGGCCGAGGAGAUUCGCGCAAAGAGCCCCGUCAAGGAGGCAGUGCAAGUGGCUUCUCCUGCAGCAGAGGAUGCCGAGAUCAACGUUGCCACGUCCACUGAUAACGCCGACACUGUUGAGGCUGCUCCUACCGAAAACUCAGCUACAAAUGCCGCGGGCGACGAGGACGUAGAGAUGGACGACCCAAAGAACGGCAUGUUUGUGUUUGACAAGAUCCUUGGACAUCGUCGCGACCCGAACGAUAAGACCCUCUUUCAAAUGCACAUCAACUGGAAGCACGAUGAUCCUACGUGGGAGACUGAGCAGACUAUUCACGAGGACGCCGAGGAAGCACUGUUUGCGUACUGGAACAGCCUCAAGGGUGGCAGGCUAGGUGCCAUGGCCGACAAGAACCUCUGGCACGCUCUCCGAGUAGAAAAGCACAAGCAGAAGCCUUCUGGCGCAGUCCAGCUCUACGUUUGCUGGAUUGGUUCACCUGAGCGAUCAUGGGAGCCUGAGUCGCAAGUCGAGGUGUAUGCGCGACAGCACGUCGAGAACUAUUGGAAGUCUAAGGGUGGACGCGAGAAGUGCAUCAAAGCCGUUGCCAUGCCUGUCAAGAAGGGACGCGGUCGGCCUCGCAAGAACAAUGCUUCCGAGUCAGAUGUCGAGGUUGAGGUCUUGAAAGAGGCUUCAAAGGAGCCAAAGCCCAGAGGCAGACCCGGACGCAAGCAGAAGCGUGAUGACACCAUGGCUGAAGAGUCGCAGCCUGAGAAGUCUGAAGAAGCAUCCGCUGCAGAGGAUAAGCCCGAGCCUGCGGCCAAGGAGCAGUCUGAGGCAGACGAAGAGCCCCCUAAGAAGCGUGCCCGCGGCCGUCCUCGCAAAAUUAACGCAUGAAGUUGUGGCGACUUUGGCGAACCGGUGUAGUGACUUUGAUGGCCGAUGUUAGACACGAUAAGCUCAAUAGCAUGAUCGCGGUGGAAGCGACAGAGGUGAGAGUUUUUUUCUCGAAAACAGAUGUCUGGAAUAAGAGAGAGGUUUGCUGGGCAAUUGCGAG